AUGGAAUUACCACAUCUUGGUCAACAUUGCACUUUCAAAGAAUGUAAUCGAUUAGAUUUUCUGCCAAUGAAAUGUGAUUUAUGCUCUGCUAUAUUAUGUAAAGAUCAUAUAAAAUAUGAGGAACAUCGAUGUCCAUCAUCUUAUCGUAAAAAUAUUCAGGUUCCAAUAUGUCCUUUAUGCAAUCAAGCUGUUACAUCACAAAUUCGUGAUCAACCACCUGAUGUUAUUAUAUCAGCGCAUAUUGAUCGUGAUUGUAAAUCUGAUCCAGCAUUAAAGAAACGUCAAAAAGUUUUUUCAAAUAAAUGUUCACUUAUUACAUGUAAACAACGUGAAGUAAUACAAGUUAAAUGUGAUAAAUGUUUACAAACAUAUUGUAUAAAACAUCGAUUUCCUGAGGAUCAUAAAUGUCAAGGAUUUCAAAAUACUGGUCGAACGAUAAAUCGAGCUGGUGCUGCAGCAUUAGAACGUAUGAACAAAGCGAAUACAACAACUACAACAACGAUGAAUGAAGAUGAAGCACUUGCAUUAGCAAUUAAACUAUCUUUAAAUCAAAGGACACAAGAAGAUCAAGACUAUCUAUUAGCAAAGGCUUUACAUGAAAGUGAACAAGAAGAAGCUCGACGUAAUCGUAAUACCAGUAUUAAAAACAAAGCUUAA